CGACACUGGGUGUAACAUCGUCUCGGCCCAUCUACCGCGACGUCCAUCCUAGGCCGCAGCGCCCUGUCUGCAACACCCCCCCCCCCACACACACACAAAACCCUACCUAUCCCAAUUGCUUGCUCUUGUCCUACUCAACUACACACAACCCUACCGGCACACAGGCUGGAGUCCUCGGGCAAGCUGUACGGUCUGCGCCCCAUCCUGCUGCCCACCUUCUUCUUCGCGGGUCAGAUCCGCAAGGUGGUGGACACGGGCAGGGUCACCACCGCACAGGUGAUGGUGCUCACCGAGUUCCGUGUGCUGGCCACCUGGCUGGCCUGCCAGGUGGGCAUCAUGUCGGGCAAGCACGCGCACGUCAUCAUGACCUCCAACCUGUACGGCGGCAUCAUCAACGUGAAGCACAUCGGGCUGCGCAUGAAGUCCUUCCAGGCAGCCAUACAGCUGAUCAACCUGGUGGAGGGGGCGAUCAGGAGCAGGGAGGUGCCCUUUGACAUCAAGGAGUUUGCUGAGCACCUGAGCAGCAUCAUGUACGGCCUGGAGUCGGAGUGCUACGCGGUUCAGAAGAUGUGGGAGGUGGGGCGCAUGGACGAUGACGAUCUGGACGGCGCACUCACGCUGUUCGAGGUGGUGCGGGACAUGCAGGAGCGGAUCCGCAAGGACCCCGAGGAGCUCAAGGUGUGUCUCAAGCGCGCGGUGGCGGCGGAGGACCUCACCAAGAACAACAACGUGCUGCUGCAGGUGACCACGGUGCUGCGUCAGAUGCUGACCACCACCUCUGCGGACGCCACACCGCAGGGCGAGGAGGCGCAGCGCGUGCUGGGCUUUUUCAUCAACAGUCUGGGCCACCCCUCCCUUGACAAGCCCGAGAGCCUGGAGUUCAUGCUGAGCUGGUCGGUGCUGACACCCGCGUACGAGGAGGACGUGUUGUACGCGGUGGAGGCGGGGCUGCUGGCGGAGGAGCUGGGGCUGCCCAAGAAGAAGAUCACCGACCUGCUGUCCGAGACGGACGAGGGCUUCUCGCUGAUGGCCUACCUGCGCGCCAUGUUCGCCUUCGAGUGGGGCAACUUCAAGGAGCGCAUGCGGCGGCUGGUGGCGGACGAGGUGGACAUACCCGACUGGGGCCAGGUCACGGAGCUGGACUUUGGGCCGGGCGGCCUGCUGUUCGAGUACCGCACGGAGCUGCAGCUGUGGGCCUCCUACCGCGGCCAGCUGCUGGCACGCACCGUGCGGGGUAUGAUGUGCUACGAGCGGGCGCUCAAGUGCCUGUGCAGGCUGGAGUACCCCACACCCUUGGGCAUCGCGGACGCGGACUAUGAGCGCUGGGUGGACGCCAUGGUGGCCGCCAAGUUCGAGUACGUGGUGGCGGUGCAGACGUACGGCAGGAACGCGAGGAGCAGGGACCUGCGGCUGCGGCAGCUGUCGCAGGGGGUGGACAUCCUGGUGCAGCGCUUCCCCAGCCUCAAGGUGGCCUACCUGGACGACGACGCCGCCAGCUGCGACCAGCUGGGCCCCACGCAGUACUCGGUGCUCAUCCGCAACCGCCGCGCAGCCGACCCCAUCAACAGCGACCCCUCGCAGCCCAUCAACAAGAUCGUGGAGGCCUACCGCAUUCGGCUGCCCAGGAACAGGUACUCCAACCGCGGAGUGGUGCUGGGCGAGGGCAAGCCGGAGAACCAGAACCACGCCGGCGUGUUCGCAUUCAAUGAGGGGCUGCAGGCUAUCGACAUGAACCAGGACAACUACCUGGCGGAGGCGCUCAAGAUGCGCAACCUGCUCAGCGAGCUGCACCCCAGCAACAAGGGUCAGUUCAUGCUGUUCGCGGACGACACGCCCAGCCAGGUGCUCAACCCGCACAUGACGGGCGCGGAGCUGCGCUUCGUCAUCCUGUCGCGCAUGAAGCACUCCUUCCCCACCGCCAUUGUGGGAUUCAGGGAGUGGAUCUUCAGCGCCAACUCGGGCGCGCUGGGGCAGUACGCGGCCGCCACCGAGUACAGCUUCGCCACCAUCCAGUCGCGCAUCAUGACCAAGCCGCCCCGCGUGCGCAUGCACUACGGCCACCCCGACGUCUUCAACAAGACGCACAUCAUGACGCGCGGCGGCAUGAGCAAGGGCACUCGCACGCUGCACAUCUCGGAGGACUACUUCAUCGGGGCAGCGCACACGCUGCGGGGGGCGAGGAUCAGGUACAAGGAGUACAUCAGCUGCGGCAAGGGUCGCGACAUGGGGUUCGACUCCAUCCUGGGCUAUCAGAAGAAGAUCAGCGGCGGCGCGGGCGACCUGGCCACCAGCCGGGAGGUGCACCGACUGGGCACCCGGCUGGACUUCUUCAGGCUCAUGAGCUUCUACCAUGGAGGCAUCGGCCACUUCCUGAACAGCUUCCUGACGCUCAAGGCCGCCUGGUACAACAUCUGGGCGCUGCUGCUGACCGCGCUGGCGGGCGCCAUGGAGAUGGGGCUGGCGGGGGACAAGGGGGAGGUCACACUCACGCAGACGUACAACGUGCAGCAGCCUCUUCUUCUACAUCUUCCAGCAGCAAACCGUGGCCGCCUCCUUCAGCUCCGUGAUGGCCUACGGCGGCAUGCGCUACAUCGGCACCGGCCGCGGAUUCUCCAUCCAGACCACCGACUUUGUCAAGAUGUACACCAUGUACUCGCGCAGUCACCUGUACAUGGGCUUCGAGGUGCUGUUCUUCUGCGCCACCGUCUACUCGCUGCACGACUGCCAGCAGUGCAACUACGCAGCACUCACCUGGAACAGCUGGAUGCUGGCGUUCGUGAUGAUCCUGUGUCCGCUGUGGUUCAAUCCCUUCAUUUUCAACCUGUCCAAGGUGCAGCGCGAUUACAUGAGCUGGAAGAGGUGGUUGAGCGGGGACAUGGACCCGGGGACGGGGACCAACUGGUACACCUGGAACCGGGAGCAGCUGUCCAAGGCGAGGAAUGAUGAUGGCAAUGUGACGGACGCGUGGCGGAAUGGGUUUGGGGAGAUCGUGGGGGUGUGCCUGCCGUACCUGCUGCUGGUGCUGGCGGUGGUGUCGAGGAUUGACUUCCGGAUCUCGCACGUGCGGGUGCUGGACAACCCCUACAUGGAGUUCCUGCUCGCCACGGCGCUGCUGUGGGUGGUGACCCUGUCCAUGAGCUACCUGGGACACAACCUGCUGGAGAGGGCAGCCAGCAAGGAGUGGAGGAUCGUGCGCUAUGUCGCCUCCCUCACCGUCACCAUGCUCUUCAUCGUGUACCUGGCCGCCCUCAACCGCUUCUACACCGGCAGCGGCUUCCGCUACCUGUCGGAAGUGGGGUACGCCAACCUCAUGAUCCUGAUCAUGGUGCACAAGGCGGCGACCUACCUCUUCACACAGAACAACACGGUCCGCGACUUUGUCGACGCGGGCUACUACCUGAUCGACGUGCUGGUGGGCUUCUUCAUGUUCAGCAUCCUGGCGCUGCUGUCCUUCGUGGGCUUCGUGAACCUGCUGCAGAGCAAGCUGCUCUUCAACGAGGCGUUCAGCCAGUCCGUGCAGACCGCGCGCAUCCGCAUGCAGGUGAAGCGAAGCGGCAAGCAGAUCAAGCGCAAGACCAAGCCGGGGCUGCUCAUGACGAUGGAGGAGUGGAUGCGCAGUCGACCGGGCAGUGCGGCCAGUGUGGCGCCCUCGGUGGCGCCCACUGCCUACGAGGGGCGAUCCAUCGCGCCGUCCAUGGCCGCGUCCAUAGGGCCCUCCGCGGCUCCCUCCCUUGCAGCCUCGGCCUUCCCCAGCCGGGCCAACAGCGUGCAUGAGGGUCUGGAUGACGCGGUGCGGGGGGUGUUGGAGCGGGUGAGGCAGGGACAGCGCGGGCUCGGGGACGAGGAGGCGGCAGCGGGG